ACUGAGAUUUCACCGUGUUUUCCUACCAGCCAGGGGGCGGGGUCACUUCCUAGGCUUUUUCCACCGCUGAGCUUCCCAAACCCCGCCCCUUAGACAUUGGCUGUCACGAAACUGAGGAGGCUGGUGCGGUGACUGAGCGGCCGGCGUGGCGCAGUGCGCAGGCGCGAGCGCGAGGCCGCGUCGCGCGCGGUGCUAGGUUGAAGCGGGAGAGAGUUCGCGGGCGCUGGGGCUGGCGGCGGGUUUGGAGCGUGUUCUCUGCUUCUCUUCUUCUCCACAGCCAUGGCAGCCCUGCGCUACGCCGGCCUGGACGACACGGACAGCGAGGACGAGCUGCCCCCGGGCUGGGAGCAGAGAAGCACCAAGGACGGAUGGGUUUACUAUGCCAAGAGACCAAAGACCAAAAUGCUGGUAGUGCGUGGAUUCAAUAGGCUCAUCUCCCUGCACCUCCCAGAGCAGAAGGAAAGAGAAGACAUUGUACCUGGUCACACCGAGGAGAAGACCCAGUGGGAACAUCCCAAAACUGGAAAAAGAAAACGUAUAGCAGGAGAUUUGCCCUAUGGAUGGGAACAAGAAACUGAUGAUAAUGGACAAGUGUUUUUUGUUGAUCAUAUAAAUAAAAGAACUACCUAUUUGGACCCAAGACUGGCAUUUACUGUGGAUGAUAAUCCAACAAAACCAACUGCCAGACAGAAAUAUGAUGGCAGCACCACCGCCAUGGAAAUACUUCAGGGUCGGGAUUUCUCUGGCAAAGUGGUCAUAGUUACUGGAGCUAAUUCAGGAAUAGGGUUUGAAACUGCCAAGUCUUUUGCCCUCCAUGGUGCACAUGUGAUCCUGGCCUGUAGGAACAUGGCAAGAGCCAAUGAAGCUGUGUUGCGCAUUCUAGAAGAAUGGCACAAAGCCAAGGUAGAAGCAAUGACCCUGGACCUUGCCCUGCUCCGCAGUGUGCAGCACUUUGCUGAAGCAUUCAAGGCCAAGAAUGUGUCUCUUCAUGUGCUCGUGUGUAAUGCAGCAGCCUUUGCUCUACCCUGGAGCCUCACUAAGGAUGGCUUGGAGACGACCUUCCAAGUGAACCACCUGGGUCACUUUUACCUUGUCCAGCUCCUUCAGGAUGUCCUGUGCCGCUCAGCCCCUGCCCGUGUUGUUGUGGUCUCCUCGGAGUCCCAUAGAUUUACAGAUAUCAGUGACUCCUCAGGAAAGCUAGACUUAAGUCGCCUCUCUCCAUCUAAAAAUGACUAUUGGGCCAUGCUGGCUUAUAACCGAUCCAAACUCUGCAACAUACUCUUCUCCAAUGAACUACACCGGCGCCUCUCCCCUCGAGGGGUUACCUCCAAUGCAGUGCACCCGGGCAAUAUGAUGUAUUCCGCCAUUCAUCACAAUUGGUGGGUGUACACAUUGCUCUUCACCUUGGCCAGACCUUUCACAAAGUCCAUGAUCCUGCCAGCCUUUGUGACUCUUCAGUGCUUCUUCCUCUGCCUCUCCCAUCUACUCGUUUCACACUUUUUGUUCACACAGCAACAAGGAGCUGCCACCACCGUCUACUGUGCUGCAGCGCCUGAGCUCGAGGGCCUAGGAGGGAUGUAUUUCAACAACUGCUGUCGCUGCACGCCAUCUUCAGAAGCUCAGAAUGAGGAGACGGCCCGGGCCCUGUGGGCACUCAGCGAAAGGCUGGUCCAGGAGGGGCUAGGCAACCAGGCCAGCUAAGGAGGAGUCUCCCAGGGUGGACACAGCCCCGCCCUGUGCCCCCUGUGUGUGCACAAAUAGCUCCAGUACUCCAUUCCUUCCAACUUAGGGUCCAGGGGUUUCCACAUUCUUCCAACACUGAUCCACCAGGGCAAAAUAAAUGAGUAAUGGUUUAAUCUGUGCAAAGUGCUAAGUAUCAUUGGGAAGUAGGGAAUUCAGAAAUAAAGAGGGUAAUGUCACUUUUCUGGGGCUGGGUUAAGCUUGGGUCCCUUUGGUUGUGGGUGCUUGAACAUUUCGGGUUGAUCUAGGGGUUCCUUGUCUCACUAUAAAAGCACGGGCAAUUCUCUCCCACUGUUCCAAACAGAUAGUGUCCCCUGUCCCACCCAACCACCACCAAUAACAAGCCACUCACUCCUAUUUAAGGAAGACAAAGUGAGUGAUUCUCCUUCUCUAGUGUGCUGAUCCAGGAGACCAUUGUUUUCUCAUUCUAUCCAAGUCUUUAAGUUAAGGGAAGUCAGUGGCCCCUGGGGAUGGGAACCCUCUGGGUUCUGCUCCAGCUAGCCCAGGUGGAGACAACACUUAUGUGGGUGCAAAACUGCUGCUCCAUCAACUCCCUUGCCAAAGCUUUACCAAAAAAAGAAAAAAAAAAUCCUUUCACCACUACAACCAAUUUUGCAGAUCAUUCCCUAGAAACCUUAACACGCAGGAAAUGAAAGCAUUGCAUUCCCCCAGUAUAAUUGGGGUCUUUGGGGAAGGGGACAGGGAAUAGAAAGUUGUUCAUUCUUCAUUCUGAGUUCAGGUUCAAGAAGCAGUCCAGCAUGGAGGUCCACUUUAGCAUUCUCUUGCCUUGAACUUCUUCUUGUCCUCCCAUCCUAUGCUUAAUAAAAGAACAUGCUUGAUAUUAUCACCUGAA